UGUGGUAACACCGCGGAUCUUCCUCCUCCUCCUCCUCCUCCUCCUGCUCCUCGCGGGCGCUUCCGGCGCGGCGGCGGCGGCGAAGCCCCUCGGGAGCAGCGGGGGCUCGGCGGGCCGGGGCAGGCUUCCCCCCGGCUGUGCCCCCCUUGGGAACUGAGCAGUCAGGGCAGCUGUUCAGGGCUGGGGUGUCCCAUUAAGUUGCUCACUGAACUGGACAAUAGAUAUCACAAGUUCUUCAAGUAUUCUUGCACAACGAGGAAAAAGAAGAGACAUUUCAGUGAAUGAGGAGUUUUUUGCUUCUAUAGUGUUUUCCUUGAGAAGUGGCUCUUUGAAUGAGGAUGACAAUGGAAGAGAUGAAGAAUGAAGCAGAGACCACUUCUAUGGUUUCCAUGCCUCUCUAUGCUGUUAUGUACCCUGUCUUUAAUGAGCUAGAAAGAGUAAAUCUGUCUGCAGCUCAGACACUGAGAGCAGCUUUUAUUAAGGCUGAAAAAGAAAAUCCAGGUCUUACACAGGACAUCAUCAUGAAAAUUCUGGAGAAGAAAAGUGUGGAUGUGAAUUUCACAGAGUCUCUCCUGCGUAUGGCAGCUGAUGAUGUAGAAGAGUAUAUGAUUGAAAGACCUGAACCUGAAUUCCAAGAUCUUAAUGAAAAGGCACGAGCACUUAAACAGAUUCUUAGUAAGAUUCCAGAUGAGAUCAAUGACAGAGUGAGGUUUCUUCAGACAAUCAAGGACAUUGCAAGUGCAAUAAAGGAGCUCCUUGACACAGUAAAUAAUGUCUUCAAGAAAUACCAGUACCAGAACCGGCGGGCACUUGAGCACCAAAAGAAAGAGUUUGUAAAAUACUCCAAAAGUUUCAGUGAUACUCUGAAAACCUAUUUUAAAGAUGGAAAGGCAAUAAAUGUGUUCAUAAGUGCCAACCGACUAAUUCAUCAAACCAACUUGAUACUCCAGACCUUCAAAACUGUGGCCUGAAAACUGUAUAUGUUGAGAGUUGUACUUUUCAAUGGUGGAUAGGGUACCUUUAUAUGUAAAUUUUAAAGUUUUGACUGUAUAAAUUAUCAGCCCCUCUCGAGGGGCCUAAUGCAGGAUUUUGAAUGGGAUUAUUGCCAUCUUACACCAUAUUUUUGUAAAACAUUGUAGCUUAAUCAUAAUCUCACAAGAAAGAUUUUGCAUCACUUUUUGCUAUUAUCAUUCUUUUCAGAAUUAUAAGCCAAAAGAAUUUACGCCUUAAUGUGUCAUUAUGUAACAUUCCUUACAAGAAUUGUAAAUAUUUGGUGUUCUGUUUCUGACAUUUUAACUUGAAAGCGGAAAACUGCAAGAUUAUGUAUUUAACAAUAUUGGUGGCAAAUAUUCAAUAAAUAGUUUACAUCUGUUA